GGAUGCAUGCGGCCUGGAUAUUUAUCCUGUUCAUUGAGGAGGGAUUUGCUCUGGCACCAAAGCCAAGAGAUGGUACAGGAUCAAGAGCAGUCAAGCCCACUGGAAGGCCACAGAAUUCUCGUCAGUGUGGAAACUGGGUACGAGGCACAGAUGGUGGAACCUUCAGUUCACCAAACUACCCAAAUAUGUACCCUCCCAACAAGGAGUGCCUGUACAUACUGGAAGCUCAGCCCCGCCAGAGGAUAGAGCUGCUCUUUGAUAAGACCUUUUACAUUGAGGCAUCAUUCGAAUGUCGUUUUGACCAUGUUGAGGUACGAGAUGGGCCCUUCAGCUUCUCACCAUUUAUCAAUCGAUUCUGUGGCGCCGCCAAUCCUGGGCUUGUCUACUCCAGUGGGCGCUUCAUGUGGAUCCGUUUCUUCAGUGAUGAAGAACUGGAGGGGAUUGGCUUCCAGGUCCAGUACAGCUUCACUGCAGAUCCUGAAUUCCAUCUCCAUGUGGGAGGACUUUUAAAUCCCAUCCCAGAUUGCCAGUUUGAGGUGUCCGGAGCUGACGGAGUGAUCCAUUCUAAUCAGGUGGUGGAGGAAUACAAAAUGAUGCCAGACCAACCAGUGGACUGCAUGUGGACUAUACAAGCCCCAAGAAACAACAGGAUUUACCUGCGGUUUUUGGAGUACCAGUUGGAAAAUUCAAAUGAAUGUAAGAAGAACUUUGUGGCUAUUUAUGAUGGGAGCAAUGCCAUUGAGGAUCUAAAGGCCAGGUUUUGUAGUACAGUAGCUACAGACCUCACGCUGGACACGGGUGUGGGAGUAGUGAGGAUGUGGGCUGAUGAGACCAGCCGUCUCAGCCGCUUCCGGAUGCUGUUCACGUCUUUCGAAGACCCACCCUGUAUAGGCAGCACAUUCUUUUGCCAUACUAACAUGUGCAUCAACACCUCUCUUGUGUGCAACGGCAUACAAAACUGUGUCUUUCCAUGGGAUGAAAGCAACUGCAUAGAGAGUAAGACCACAAGUCUUUUCCAGCACAUCACAAAAACCCAGGCAACAGUAAUCUGUGUGUCUACCGGAGUGGUGCUGUUACUCCUCAUUUUCUCAAUCCUGGUGCAAGUCAAACAGCCACGUAAAAAAGUGUUAGUGCGUAAGAAUAAGCUGUUGCAUCGGGGUGACUUCCAGAGCAUGUUGGAGCCACCUCACUAUGAGCUCUUUACACUCAGAGAGAAGGAAAUGUCCAGAGACCUUGGAGAGUUAUCAGAGGAACUGCAGUCCCUGCAAGCACUCAGGAGGUUCUCAUCAGCUUCGCGCUGUGUUCACCAACACCACUGUGGUUCCCAGGCAUCUGUGAACUCCAUCAAAGCCAGCCAAGGUGCACCGCUCACAUGCAGAGAAUCAUUAGAAGGUCCAAAUUUCCGAGGGGACUUCCAGAGAUCCUUACCUCCAUUCAGAGAUGUUAGCAGCAGCUUGAGGAAGAAAAGCUGGCCAAGUAUGAAAGCAGGUCAGGUACACGGGCAUCACAGUAUAGGGGAGACAUCACUGGACCACCAGGAUAGAGUGAUGGAAGAGGAUGACAAUGAGGAGGAUGAGGAGGAGGAUGGUAGGUAUGCUGUGAACAUGCACAGAGCAGGAAGCAGAAGAGGGAACUAUAUAAUGGCCCAGCAUAGAUCCUUAUCUAUGGACUUUUGAACAGAAAUAUUUGCACUGACGAAGACAAGAAUGACAUGUAAAUUAGUGCCACAUUAUACAAGCAGAACCAUGGGCAUUUAUUGGAAUGAUGACAAAGCCAGGAGACUCUAAAUCCAACACUUUGUCAUUUAACACUUCACUGACUAACUGAUACAUUAUAGUCUGGGGCAGAUACAUAGAAGUAAUAUAAUAAUAUAUAGAAGUAACAAAGUGACUAUUUUCAUAAAAUAACUUAUAGGUG